AGCUAGGAAGUCGCUGUUCUAUGUCAAUCUUAUGUCUAGUGAUAGAACGUUCUCCCUCUUCUAUCCUCAAUAAUCAGUAUAAACCUAGAUCCUUGCUAGUUUAUAUCCAGUAAAGUCUGAUCUUACACAUCAUCCAUUAGGGUUUAGUACGUCCCUGAUAACCAGAAGUAGGUUACACUGCUUGAGCUAGUUACUUAACACCCAGCUAGUGGUUGUUCACGGUGGUGGAGCUAUGGAAGAGAUCAGAAGUGAUGACAUAGAGAAGCAAGAUGAAGUUAUGUUACCUGGCUUCAGGUUUCAUCCAACGGAUGAAGAGCUUGUCAGGUUCUAUCUCAAAAGGAAGAUCCAGCAGAAGUCUCUUCCCAUUGAGCUUAUUAGGCAGCUGGACAUCUACAAGUUUGAUCCAUGGGAUCUCCCAAUACUUACAAAAUUAAUUUCUUUUCUGAAUGCAGAACUAGCAAGUACCGGGGAGAAGGAGUGGUAUUUCUACUGCCCAAGGGAUAGGAAGUAUCGGAACAGCACAAGGCCUAACAGGGUAACUGGAGCUGGCUUCUGGAAGGCCACUGGAACUGACAGACCAAUUUACUCCUCUGACGGGAGCAAGUGCAUAGGCUUGAAGAAAUCUCUCGUCUUUUACAAGGGUAGAGCGGCCAAAGGCGUUAAAACUGACUGGAUGAUGCAUGAGUUUCGGCUGCCAUCACUCACCGACCCUUCAUUGCCACAGAAGAAGCCACUGGAGAAGACUAUUCCACCAAAUGAUUCCUGGGCCAUCUGCAGGAUUUUCAAGAAAACCAACGCCACAGCACAGAGAGCGCUCUCACACUCAUGGGUCUCUCCUCACUUAUCCAGCACAAAUGGAACCUACAUUCCUCCUCAUUUGCAAAACACACAUAGAAGUCGGCAUGCCUCAGAGAACACAUCAUCUGCAAUGACAAACAUCAUCUCCUCCAACAUACAGUUCACUGGCAGUGGAUACUUUCCUUCAGUAGUUUCCUCCUGUCAGAACACACUCAGCAUCAUUGACAGCAUCAGCAGGCCACCUACAUCCAUACUUCUCCCUCCAUCAGAUGCAGAACAUCAGGCCAUGAGUAUCCUCUCAGCAAUCCCCCUUGAUCUUCAGGCUGGGAUGGACAUUGCAUCUAUGGUUCUGAACCAAUCCUCCAUUACACUCUCCAACAUGGACAGAUCAACGCCCACAAACAUUGAGUUUGCUCAGCCGCAACAAUGCAAUAGCAACAUGAUCAACAGAUGCAUGGUCGACUUUCCUGAUAUCAGCAACAACAUCGACGGAGCUCCACGGUCCAUCAGUUUCCCGUACAACCUGCAAGGGCCACUUUCUGAUGACUGGAGGGCGAACGUUCCUUGGGACUCACUCCCUUGCACCACUGAGGUCACCACGAAUUACCAGCCGACCAAGUGCUACACUUGAUUUGUACUCUGUAGCAAUGUAGAUUUUGUUUUAGAAUGCAGUAGAGAAAAGUAGCAAUGUUGAUUUGGUUUCAGAAUGCAGUAGGGAUUAGUGUCUGCCUCUAUCUGCUAGUAUUACUGUUAGCAUGAAGAGGUAUUAGAAAUUCGGUCUGUUAACAGUAGGGCAGUGUUAGUGACCAGCGCCAGCGCCAGCCUUGGAACUAGUAUUUCGAUCUGUUAACAGUGAAGCUAACAGAGUUAUUAGAAAGCAAUGUGCCACUAUGUAAGGAAUU